AUUUUAGCAUGUCAUGUAACUAUUAAAAUAAAGUAUUCAACGGUAUUUCUUUACAGUUAACCUUCUUCUUGCACGUGUCUGACGUUUCUUGCAUCAGCUGACUAACGCUGUCAAAUUUUAUAGAACGCAACUCGAGAUAAAUCGUUUUAUCUUCUUAUCACAAUGUUUUGCGAAUGUUCGAUGAUAUCAAUUUUUUUAUCGGUCUAUAAUUGCCGGCAUGGUCCUAAUAUUUGAAAUUUCAAGAAUUUCAGAUCUUCCAUCUCAGCAAAAUGCACUCGCACUUAACUUGCAUCAGAAAGAUCCACCAAUCACGUAUUUGACAUGAACAUAGGUAUAUAAAAUACGUAGACACGUGAUUGAUCUAUCGAUUUCUUUAUCUUUAUCGAUCGAUUUUUUAUUCAUGAUAGAAUGUAAAAAAAAGUGAUAAUCAAUCAAUCUUUCGCUCUUAUGAAAAAACGGAAGAAGAAGUGGAUAACGAGUGUACAAUUUAACUUUAGACGCAAAAACGUUAAGUUUUACUCCAACGUCAUGGCAAAAAAGAAGAAACAAUUUGAUGAAUUUUUGGGAGGAUCUGAGUCACUUCCACAUGAAGUAUCUAUUAUGCAAUUCGUCUCUUCACGAGCCCAUGAAAUUUCUGCAAUGACAUCUUCAAUUGAAAAUCCUAAACAAACUAAGUUAAUAUUUCAAAAGCUUCCUGUAUAUAUGCGUAGACGCGUUAUGUCUCACAAUGUCAAAAGGCUACCACGUAGAUUGCGAGAGGCACAUUUGGCACAAAUGGUAAAGUCAGGAAACGGUCAAAAUUUACCAUCAACGAACAAACGACCAUCCCGGAAAUAUCGUAGAAGACCACGCAAUUUACUUUCCGAGUACACUCGCAGACAACGUGAUAAAAUCUGGUUGGAGACUCACAUCUGGCAUGCAAAACGUUUUCACAUGAUUGACAAAUGGGGAUAUAGACUUGCAAGUCAUUCAAACGACAAAUGCUUUAGAGCCAAUUAUCAAGCUCUAAGAGAAAACUGUCUCUUACAAGAUAUAUCUUAUUAUGCUUGUGUCGAAAUCGAAGGAAAGGAAAAUUUGUUGAUAACAACUUUGGACACACAUUGUAAUACAUCGACAUUAACUUUUGGAGCAAAGAUAUACACUAAUGGCCAGAGCCAAGGUACUGUAAUGUUCUUCAAAAAAAAUGGUUAUCCACAUUUUCCUAUUGGUAAUGUGGAUUUUUUGUGGAAGCCAAGUGAGUCUAAUUCAACUAUUAAAACUAUUUGGAUAUGGGUACAUCCUGCUUUUUACAAUGAUUUUCUUGAUGCGAUUAUAUCAAGUUUUGAGUUUAGACGAACAAAUGUUAAUGAAUUUGAACGAGAUGUUACUCAUAUUACGCAAGAUUCAAAUUUUGUGCAUGAAAAUAAUGCAGGUUGUAAAAUGGUUAUAUUCAAUUUUUCAUUAAAUAGAUUUCGACUUUCUGGAUCAAGGGCUUUCGAUUUACUAAAAGAAGUAUUACAAUUACCAUCCGUAACUGACUUAGAUAGUGAUCCAGAAAUGGAUUGCACUACUACAGAAGAACAAGAGAAUUUGUCAAAUAAUGAAAAAUUAAAUGCAAGUAAGACAUCAAUAGACGAUUUCUCUACACAGUCUGUGGAAAGAAUGGCAGUUGAUGAAAGUGAAGAAAAUAUUCAGAAAAAAUCUUGGCAUACUAAAUACUAUAAAGAAAGAGAAAAUAUAGAAGUUUUUAAGAUACAAAAGCAGUUUUUGCACUCAGUCAAGUGCGGACCGUUUGAUCAACCGAGAGACUUAAUUAUGGGAUUAACUGUUUUAGAUCCACGUUUUUAUUUACCUGAAAAAAGAACGAAAUAUAAAACGUUAACACAAACAUGUUCUGAAGAAUAUCCGCGAUCGACUGAUUUAAAUCGUUCUCCUAUUUGGGAUGCACAAAUACGCCAUAUUGCAAGCAAUUCUUAUAUAGCCACAAGUACAAUUAACAAGCUUAGAAGUAAAUGCCUUGUACCUGAUAUAUCAAAUGAUAAAUAUUUUAACAAGGACAUAAUAGCAAAAAUACCGAUACUUCUUAUUUGGAAAUCGAAAAGUACUACAGGUUUAGAUUCCAGUGUAGAUAUUAUUAUACCAUCUAAAUGGGCAAUGCCAUUUUGGCUUGCAAUUAUAAUGCGAUGUGCAAGAGUAGGUGCACUUAGAGAAUCCAGCUUGAUAGCUUUUGAAAGUUUAAACUUUAAAGUAUCACAUAUUAACGACCCUGACACUCCUGCUUACAUGAGGGAGGCAUUGAUUACAAAAGAGGAAUUAACUAAUAAAUAUUUCCGUUAUCCACCAAAUAAAAGAGUUAACUAUGUCAAAAUUGGCAUUAGUAGUCCUUACUUCUGUGAUUGGAAAAAUUUGACGAAGGGCUGGUCGAACGUCGAAGAUUUUUACGUCUUCAGAAACUAUAUUUUAUCACUUUUGCAAGCGGAAUUGAACCCUGUUAAACGUAAAAAUGCAAGAACCAAAUCAACUGACAAAACUAUACAGUUUAAUUUGCAAGAUUUUGAUGAGUAUAAAAACUGCUUGGUGCACGUUCAACUGACUGCGAUGGGAAAAGGAGUACCGGAAAAGUUCUCAAUCAUAUGCAUGCUGACGCAUGAAGAUCUGGAAGAAUUUGGAAAUAAUAAAAAGUGGGAAGGACCUCGCGAAAAAUGCCACACCGAUACAAAUGAAAAGUCCCGCAAAGUAUCCCGUAAAGAGCAUUCGGCGCUAUUAAGACAAUUAAGACGACAGAGAGUUGAACAAAAGGAAACAUUUUCAAAUUAUGAGGGAAAGUUAUUAUUCAAGGAAUCUGUUAGUGAGAUCGACGCAAUUGCACAUAAGCCCGUUAUACAACAUCGCACAAUUAUGUCAGCUUAUAAGGUAAAAAUGUCAGAAAUGUGUCUUCCAGAAUCUACGGAAGUUCGCCAUUCCUGCGAUAGAGAAAUUAUAGGAUACGUAACAUUAGGUGCCCGUUCAUUCUUGCGCGCGAAAGGUAUCGGCACUGGAUAUGUCACAUUAGCCGCAUUACUCGAAAUUGUUAGUAAAAAAUCUAACAUUGUUCUCUUCAGGAAUACUACAACACGACAAUAUAGAUUAGCAAAAUUAGAUAUAUUAGAUAUUUAAAUAUAUAUGUGUGAUGUGUGAUAUGUAUAUAUU